UUUAUAACCCUUUCUCUCUCACUCCUCUCAUUUUGGCUAACGAGUCAGUAUUCUCCACAAACACAAACCCAAUAAUAAAGCAAUCUCUGAUUUAAUGGCGGAUACUUCUACUUCUUCCAACCGCCGACGUCAAUCAAGCCGCCUACAGCGUCGAGCUCCAGCCUCCAUUCAAGUUCACCGCCCAACUGACUGGAACGUUGCGAUUCCCCUUUUGUCCCCUCUCGCUUCAUCCCCUCCGUCCAUUAAUCGAGCCCUUGAGAUUGAAUCUUCCGCUUCCCAAACGACGUCGUCUAGGCCUGACCAAACUAAACCGGUCGUUUUCAAGAAGUGGCAGCAUCCUGCCGCCCCCUUUUGCUAUGAUUCCGCUCCUUCGCUUGCUCCUUUUGGUUCUUGUAGAUUUUAAUGGUUUUUAAUUUUUGAAUUACAAAAUAGGGUUUGCUUAGUUUGUCGCAGAUUGUAUAGAUUAGAUUUGAAUAAAACUAAAGUGGUAAUACGA